CAUUUGUUGUUGUUCUAGAGCGCACGCACGCCAGUUCCGCUGCAGUUUUCGGGGGGUGAUAAGCGUGAUUACGGGAGUCAGAAGUGCGAAUCAAUCGUUUCCCCACGCGAAAUUGUGCCACUGCUGCAGGGAUAUCGAAAUACCUGGCUCGUGCUAGAGUGAAGCGAAAGUGAUACGAAACCGAAGUGAGUGUGAAUUUAUUCACGAAAAGGGAAACGUCGAAAUCAAAAGCUCAGCGCUCACACGCACUCGGGCCCGCACUGAUAAGCGUGUGCGGUGAAUCUUUGGCAGAGUGAAACAAAUUUACCUUCCCCUGCGGUGCGCACAGCUUCCGUGUCCGAUUGUUUCCACCAGGUGAAGGAGCAAAAAAGCAGCAGCAAACGCAAACGGAAUGUGUGCGAACGUGUCGUGUGUUGUGCGCGCUGCCAGCAUGAUGUCACAGUGUGCUACGCUGUGCAGUGCCCCACGGAUGCCACCGCGGCUUAGUCACCGGAUAGGUGGGAUGGCUGGUGCUUCCAUAUCCUUCCACAGUACGGCCCAGCAGCAGCAGCACCGGGUCACCCAACACCAGCCAGCGCGAGUCGUCGCCCGAACUGGAUACAACCACCACCUCCAACGGCAGCCCGUCAUGGCGCGGGCGUACUUCUUUCCGGGAGGUGGCCCGGUGCGGUCCUACACCCAGGCCGCCUCGACCCUCACCCGGGAGCAGCUGCACGAUCUGGUGUACAGGUUAAACGAAGAUGAAAGAGAAUUGCUCAUGAACACGCUGAAGCAAUUCGAAUCCAACAAAGUGAAGGCAAAGUUUGAAGCCGAAACAGUGCCAGUACCACCGACUUCGGACCUCAUGAAACUUGGAUUGGUGAACGCCCUCCCAUUCAUUGGAUUUGGUUUCCUUGACAACUUUACCAUGAUCAUUGCGGGCGACUACAUCGAGCACACGCUCGGGCUGUUCAUGUGCAUAUCGACGAUGGCGGCGGCAGCACUGGGGAACACCAUCAGCGACGUAAUCGGCAUCGGGUCCGCCUUCUACGUGGAGAAGCUGGCCGAAAUGAGUGGCGUGAAGCCGCCGAAGAUGUCGCCGAUCCAGCUGGAGAUGAAAGCCAGCCGAAGGGCGGCCAAUUUGGGACGAGUGCUGGGUAUUACCAUCGGAUGUCUGCUGGGAAUGUGCCCUCUAUUAUUCAUGAAGGAGGAUAAGGAGAAGGAAAAGGACAAGGAUAAGAACAAGCCGUCGGAAGCAAGUGCGACUGAUGCUGCUGCUGCUGCUGCUGCUGCUGCUGCUGCUGCUGCGGAUGGUGUUGCGAACAUUGUUGCCGUGAAAUAAGCCUCCGUUAGUGUGUAAAAGGUACUGAAUUUGAGCUGCUGCUGUUGCUGUGUGUUGUUGUCGGGGAGGCAGACAUUCUGUGGUUUACGGUCAAUUUACGGUGGCGCUUCACCACGUGUGGAGCAACGCAAUCGGAAAUUUAAAUUAGAAACCUUCCAGCUCGUUCCGACCCAUCCCCUCUAGCGCGGUUCAUAUUUUACGUUGAUUGAUCGAUAACGACCGUUUGUUUGAAAUUUCGAAAUCGCUUCGGGCAUUUUACCGACCAACGAAACGAACGAUGAUAGAGCAUCGAGCUCGAUGAGAGAGGAUAGAUUGGCGGUGAUACCCUCCCCCAGGGAGCCAUGGCUGGGUGGUGUAGGAAUAUGUAAAUAUUAUCAGUUGAUCGAAUCCAGUACUACCCGAGACACACGACACGCUUCGCGGCCCCCCCGAAACGACGUGCGAUGUGAUGCGUAUCGCGGAUCAGUGGUAUAGGAUUUAUCGUUCCAUCGUUCCUCUCUGGGAGAUAAUUUGCAUAAGGAUAGAGGAGUUAUUCGAUUAGCCCACUGCACACCAUUGGUGCUACUGUGUUAUUGCUAAUGCUAUAUUUAUUAACCACCACUCUCAACGCAACAGCCCACAAACGCUUUCCUGUGUACUGUUUGAGAGAAAACAAUACGACUUAGUGCAACGUG